UAAAACAAAUCUUUUGUCAUCUUCAUUGCCAAAAAAAAACAAACCAUACAAUUGAGACAGAGAUAUGGAAGCAAAGCUAGCAAGACUGGGAAGCUCACUCCUUGUACCCAGUGUUCAAGAACUGGCCAAAGAAUCACUCACCACGGUCCCACCGCAGUAUGUUCACCAUGAUCAUCAGAACCAUCCAAUCUCAUCGUAUGGUGCUCGUUGUCCCGAUGAUGUUCCGAUCAUCGACAUGGACAAGUUGAUUUCUGGAGAUCACAUGGAUUUAGAAUUGAAGAAGCUUAACUAUGCAUCCAAAGAGUGGGGUUUCUUCCAGAGAUUCCAUAGAAGCAUAUUCAGCAGAACAUAAAAGCCUUGUCAUGAAAUUACUUGAGUUUGAGGAACAAAUGCAAUCCAUGGAGCACUCCAAUGCACAAAACAGAUUUAAGCAUAAAUUUGAUCUUUGAGUAAAAGUUGUUUUUGAUAUGAAACACUCGAAUGCACAAAAAAAAUUUAAGCAUAAAUUUAAGUUAAAGCUCCAGUAAUGAAAAAGUUGUAAAUUUUGAAAAUUUGAGUAAACAUUUGAGUCUCCCUUGAUUUGGGUUUAAAAAAAUGUAUAUAAAAAAAAUAAAAAAUAAAAAAUAAAAGUAGAGGGUAUGCCAAUAGGAUCAAUUGAUUAUAUGAUCUGUCUACCUGCUCAUGGAGCUGUUAUUGGAGCUUGGUUUGCAGCUUGGCCAAUGCCACUUGAUUAGGAAAGGCCAUGGCAGGUAUUGUUUUAACAUUAAACUUGAAGGCAGUUUGUUAGCUUCUUAUUAUUUGCCUUGUAUGUAGUUUAUGUAUUUUUUAAUCUUAGGGUUCCUUAUAAAUUAUUUUUAUUGAGAAUGAUGGUUGAUUCUUGAGGCCUGAUAGCUUGAUACAACUUUUGUUUUUGCAAGCAUCUCCUAAUUUUACGUCUCAUCAAUAUCAGUUUAGAUGAACUAUUUUCAUUGGAUCUAUUUAUUUAUGUAUUAAGAAGCCAUUAUUCAGGGGCUAGUGCAAUUGUAAAAGCUUGAUCAACUUAACACAAUGUGGGUAAAUUUAGCUCAUGUGCACUCGAUAAAGCUCAAACAUACAUUUCUUUCUGCCAAUCGUUAAAAAGACAGUCAAGUUGAAAUAAAGAAUCAAAUGUAAUAUUCUCUUUGUUAUUCAAAUUGUGUAAAUUAAACAAGAUAAAUAGAUUCAUAAUUUAUUGAAUUCAAUAAUAGAACAUCAAAUAAAUCCAUAUUAUAUUCUAGAGCAUAAUACAGAAAUACAUAU